CAUGCCCAGCUGCCGUGGCCCGGCCCCCGCCGCCGCUUAAAGGCUCCGGGAGCCGCAGCCGUCGGGUCGCCGCGGCUUUCGCUUUGCCGCCGCUGCUGGGCGUGAGAGAGCUGCGGGCUCGGCGGCCGGCUCUCCUCGCGCCCCUGCUCCUGUAGCGCCGAGGGGCGCUCCUCGCCCGGCUCUGCGGGCUAGCGGAUUCCCUUCUGAGGCGCCCGCGGGCUCCCCGCCUCAGCCACCCCGCGGUCCCGAUGCCGAGGCAUGGAUAGAGCGGCGCUGCGCGCGGCGGCGAUGGGAGAGAAGAAGGAGGGCCGCGGCGGCUCGGAUGGGGGCGCCGGGGCCGCGGCCAGCCGGGCGCUGCAGCAGUGCGGGCAGCUCCAGAAGCUCAUUGACAUCUCCAUCGGCAGCCUGCGCGGGCUGCGCACCAAGUGUGCCGUGUCCAACGACCUCACCCAGCAGGAGAUCCGGACCCUGGAGGCGAAGCUGGUCCGGUAUAUUUGCAAGCAGCGGCAGUGCAAACUGAGCGUGGCUCCUGGAGAGAGGACUGCAGAGCUGAACAGCUACCCUCGCUUCACCGACUGGCUGUACACCUUCAACGUGAGGCCAGAGGUGGUGCAGGAGAUCCUCCACGAGCUCACGCUGGAUGCCCUGCUGGACAUGAGCGAGGCCAGGGUGAAGGAGACGCUGCAGCGCUGCGGGGCCAGCGCCGAGGAGUGUGGCCGCCUGCAGGCCGCCCUCGCCUGCCUGCGGAAGGUGACAGGCCUGGGAGGGGAGCACAAAGAGGACUCGGGCUGGAGUUCGUCGGAUGCCCGGCGGGAAAGUGGCUCAGGGCCUUCUGUGGACACCCUCUCGCCAGCCAGCCUGCCCUGGCCCCUGGGGAGCUCCCAGCUGGGCAGGUUGGGCAGCGGUGCCCCGGGCCCGCGCUCUGUCUCCGUAUCAGCUCUGCCUGCCUCGGACUCCCCUGCCCCUGGCCCCAGUGAGGGCCUUGUAGACACCUAUAUCCCCCUGCAUGCUGGAGGCCGGCUGACCCCCCGUGCCCUGCAGAGCUUUAUCACCCCCCCAACCACGCCCCAGCUGCGACGGCACACCAAGCUGAAGCCACCGCGGACGCCGCCCCCACCCAGUCGCAAGGUCUUCCAGCUGCUGCCCAGUUUCCCCACACUCACCCGGAGCAAGUCCCACGAGUCUCAGCUGGGGAACCGCAUAGACGAGGUCUCCCCCAUGAGAAGUAGCAUGAGCACUGACAUGGGUGCUCAGGCCACCUCACUGCCCGUGACUGGCCCCUUCUGCUACCUGGACCCCGAGCCCCCUUCCUCCCGGAGCCCUAGGCAGGGCUCCCCGCUUACAGGCACACGACAUUGGGAGAUUCUGCAAGCCUCUCUGUCUCCUCAGCUACGCAGUGCUCCCAGGAGGGAGGCACCAUCUGCCUGGUGCAGGUGGACAUUGGCCAUCUGCAGAACCCAGCUGAUGUCUCAGGACCCCUCCCUUCAGGAGAGGGAUACCCUCAGAGAUCUCCCACACGGAUCCCCACAGAUGGUACGAAGGGACAUUGGGCUGCCGGUGACUCACAGGUUCUCCACCAAGUCCUGGCUGUCGCAGGUCUGCCAUGUGUGCCAGAAGAGCAUGAUGUUUGGGGUGAAAUGCAAGCAUUGCAGGUUGAAGUGUCAUAACAAGUGCACAAAAGAAGCCCCCGCCUGUAGAAUAUCCUUCCUUCCACUACCCAGGCUUCGGAGGACAGAAUCUGUGCCCUCAGAUAUCAACACCCCAGUGGACAGAGCAGCAGAACCUCACUUUGGAACCCUCCCCAAGGCGCUGACAAAGAAGGAGCACCCCCCAGCCAUGAACCACCUGGACUCCAGCAGCAACCCGUCCUCCACCACGUCCUCCACGCCCUCCUCGCCGGCGCCCUUCCCGACAUCGUCCAACCCGCCCAGCGCCACCACACCACCCAACCCCUCGCCCAGCCAGCGGGACGGCAGGUUCAGCUUCCCAGCUGCCUGCUUCAUUCAUCAUAGACAGCAGUUUAUCUUUCCAGACAUUUCAGCAUUUCCACAGGCAGCCCCACACCCUGAUGCAGCGGUGGUACCCAGUAGGCAUCCUGUGCUGUGCCCCCUUCCCUGGGGAAUAAUUACAGCUGGGCCCACAUCCCUGACUCCCUCCCUUCCCCACCUGGCCGAGGAGCCCGAGGCCAAUAAGUCGGAGGCAGAAGACGACGAAGAUGAGGUGGACGACUUGCCGAGCCCCCGCCGGCCGUGGAGGGGCCCCAUCUCUCGCAAGGCCAGCCAGACCAGCGUGUACCUGCAGGAGUGGGACAUCCCCUUUGAGCAGGUGGAACUGGGCGAGCCCAUUGGGCAGGGCCGCUGGGGCCGGGUGCACCGUGGCCACUGGCACGGCGAGGUGGCCAUCCGCCUGCUGGAGAUGGACGGCCACAACCAGGACCACCUGAAGCUGUUUAAGAAAGAAGUGAUGAACUACCGGCAGACGCGGCAUGAGAAUGUGGUGCUCUUCAUGGGGGCCUGCAUGAACCCCCCCCACCUGGCCAUCAUCACCAGGUAAUCCAGCCCCCAGGCUUCUCAGGGGCCCUGUUGUUGGGGCCACUCCCUGGAGGGCAUGGACGUUUCAAUGUGGGGGGCACAAAGAAGAAAAACAAAAGUGGGAUAUCGUUUCCCCAUUGUAUAUAACCCCUUGGGCCUUAAAAAAAAAAAACAAAUAAAAUAAUACCUAAGGAUAGAAAAAAUUCAAAUGUUUCAGAAAGGUACAAAAUGAAAACCUGUCACCUCCCACCCCAAUUGGGUGCUUCUCCCUGAAAGUGGAUACUGGAAACACUUCCUUAUCAUGCCUUCCAUUAAAAUAAAGGCAUUUAUAUAUACCCAUAUUUUUAGAACUGUUUAUUUCUUUGUAAAAAUACACAGCAAAGAUCUUACUGGCUCGCACCUUGCCAUCUUCACUUGAGUGCAGGUCUGAGGUCCAUGCUAUUCUUUUGAACACCUGCACAGAAUUCCUGCCAGUGGAUGUGCUGGCAUUCGUUUAACAACAGCUCUAGGGUGGUGGGGAGGGAAGGCUUCCUUUGUGGCAUCUGUCAAUUCCUGUGGUGUAAAUACUCCCACCACAGCUUGAUUUCAAGUGACCCAUAUGAUGUCACUGCAAGUAGAGUGGAAUUAGGGAGCGGGUCACAUAACUGGGCUCUGGGUUGUCUCUCUCAGGCCAAGCAUUGGCCAUCCCCUAAUUUUUUAACCAGUCCUCUUUUGCUGGACACUGUCAAGUAUGUGUGCUGGGCGUAUGUAAUGUUUUCACAUACACCAUUUCCACUCCAGAAAGGGUUCACCACUGUCCCCUCCCAACAUCAGUGUAUGAGCGCCCCCCGCUCCAGCCCAGCAGCAGGGGCUGUGAAACUGAAACACGUUUGGCCCUGGCAUUGAAAAAAUUGUUGCAUAUUUACUUCUAAAAUCGGGGAAAGCAAUAUGAGGUUAGUGAAGAGAUUUUGUAGUGAAUGUGAAAUCUCAAGAAGAAACUAAAAGUCA